AUGACGUUCGAUAUCAGCACGGUCAUUAGGCCUAAUAUUUUAAAUUUGAAGCCGUACCGUUGUGCUCGAGAUGAUUACUCAGAGGGCAUGUUGCUUGACGCUAACGAGAAUGCGUAUGGUCCGAUGAUUGCGGGGUUGCAGGACGGUUCUGAAUUACAUAGGUACCCAGACCCUCACCAAGUUACUCUUAAAGAGCUGAUGGCGAAUUAUAGAAACAAUACGUCUGCAUUUAAAUCAGAAGGUCUGGCACCUAUAUCAUAUAAAAAUAUUUGUUUGGGGGUUGGAUCUGAUGAAGGUGUGGAUUCACUUAUCAGGGCCACCUGUGUUCCCAAGACUGAUAAGGUGUUGGUUCUUCCUCCUACUUAUAGCAUGUACUCUGUUUUUGCGAUGAUCAACGAUACUGAGGUUGUUGAAUGCCCUCUGAUCACUGAGGAUAAUUCAUUUGAUAUGGACUUGGACAACGUUUUAGAGACCCUUUCGAACGAUGAUUCCAUCAAAUUAUUGUUUAUUACAACGCCUGGAAACCCUACAGGUGCAAGCAUAAGCACUCAAAAAAUUGAAAUGCUACUAAACAAUUGGUCUGCAGGGAUAGUGGUUGUUGAUGAAGCUUACAUUGAUUUUUCUUCUUCUGACUCUGCUGCCCCACUAGUAAACAAGUACCCGAAUUUGGUCGUUAUACAGACCUUAUCUAAAUCAUUUGGAUUGGCUGGUGUGAGAUUAGGAUUAACAUUCGCAUCUGAAGAUAUCUCUAAGGUUUUGAAUGUCAUGAAAGCACCUUAUAACAUUUCGAAGAUGGCUUCGGAAAUUGGGAUCAGUGCUCUUCAGCCUGAAAGUCUUUUGUUGCUGAACAAGGUUAAACUGCAGAUCGAUAAUGAAAAACUGCGGGUAGUGAAAGUAUUGGACUCCCUAGAUUAUGUCGAUAAAUGUCCUGUUGGAGGACUGGAUGCUAAUUUUAUAAUGGUGCGGGUUAAAGAUCAGGAUAGUGAAUUGGCUAAGAAUCUCUGCCAUGACAUGGCUGUGAAGUCGGGUAUUGUAAUGCGCUUUAGGGGGGAUGAGCCAGGUUGUGAAGGCUGUAUUCGGAUAACUAUUGGAACGCCCGAAGAAAACAGUAUUCUCAUUCGAGAGUUCUCGAAAACACUAACCGAUCUGGUUGAAAAAUAG